AUGAUGGAAAAUGUUUCCGUUGGCGCAAUCCUCACUCUCUCUGGUUUGAAUUUCCCAUUUGUAUACCGAAUGAUCCUGUUUGCGCUGGUGUUGUUGUGCUACUUUGUCAUCCUGCUGAAUAAUUUCACCAUUAUUGUUGUCAUCCUUGCUGACAGGAAGCUCCACAAGCCCAUGUAUAUUCUUCUGUGUAACUUGUGCAUCAAUGCCGUGUACGGGUCGCUGGGCCUCUACCCCAAGUUCCUGGUGGACCUCCUGUCGUCUCAUGUGAUUUCUUACGCCGGCUGCAUGUUGCAGGGUUUUGUCAUACACUCAUCAAGUUGCUGCGAUUUUUCCAUCUUGGCGCUGAUGGCUUACGACAGGUACGUGGCCCUGUGUCGGCCUCUGGUUUAUCAGUCUUACAUGACGAGGCAGAGAAUGUCCCUCUUUGUGUUUUUCUCCUGGUUCAUCCCUCUCUUUUGUAUGUUUAUGAACACGGCGUCCAUCUUGGGCAAAGAGCUGUGCGGCUUUCACAUCAACAGGCUCUACUGCGUCAACCAGAUGGUGGUCAAGCUCAUUUGCUCGCCACCCAGAUCCCACACCAUCAUCACCUGGCUGAACGUUACCUUUUAUUUUUUUCAUUUCCUGUUUAUUUGCUGGUCUUACGGAUAUCUGUUCAAAGUGUGCAUUUCGUCCACGCAGAUGUGGAAGAAGUUCAAGCAGACGUGCAUGCCGCAUGUCAUCUGCCUGGUCAUUUACAGCACCACCGUGCUGUUGGAUUUGUCGUACAUGAGAUUCGGUUCGCCCGACGUGUCGCAACACUUGAACAACUUUAUGGCCAUCGAGUUUCUACUCAUUCCUCCAAUUUUCAAUCCGCUCAUCUACGGGCUGCAGCUGACGCUCAUCCGCAAUAGGGUUGCGGGCCUUUUUCACAGCAAAAAGAAGAUCCACAGCUUUUAGAGAGAGAUGAGACUGUGGAUGGAUGGAAUGGUUGUGAAAGAGGCUUUUGUUAUCAUUUCUCUCGGAG